AUGGUACCUCCCCCGGUGGAGAAAUACAUACAGAUGAAUCAGAAGCCAGAGAAUCCACGACCUCUACAACAACUACAUCGAGAAACAAAGAUUAUCCUACGCAGGAGUCCCGGCAGCGACCAAAGCACUUCAGCGGCAUUGACAGGCAAGGCAGCUAUGUGCUGGACGCAAUGGAGCGGAUGGGCAGCGAGGGGGGCUUCGUGCGAUAUCCGGUCGAAGUGUGGAACUGCGGCGAAUACGACCGCGUUCGGGAUCGCGAGCGUUUUGUCCGACAAGUACAAAGGCCAGCAAACAUGGACUUCCGCAUUGACUCCUACAGCCCGAUACCUGCGGAAGUCUGGAAACGAGCACGGCAGGUCGUUUCGCCGAUUCGAUAAUAAAGCGAUUUGA